GCUUUCUUUCGGAGGCUCCGGCCUGUUGCAGCGGGCCGCUGUCGCGGCAGUAGCGGCAGCGGCGUCUGUGUUGAGAAGAAGGGAAAGCGGUCGGAUAACCUUCUCGCACGGGAACGGUUCGCUGUUGCUGGCUGUGACGACGACUGCCGCUGAUCAAGAGAGGCGAGCGAGCAGUGGUUCAGCCCUUGUUCUGCUAGUAGGGGUGAAGAGACGUUUAGCCGGCAGCACACACAGCAUCAAGCACGGAGGCGAGAGCCGCCACGUAUUCUUAGUGCUACCCUGAUCCAGUGGUGAAGUAACAGCUGUCUGUGCGCCUGCUAUCAUCUACCAUCCAAUGGCUCCGCGAAAAAGCCAGAAAUCAGGCUCUCAAGAAGCCGAGUGCGAGUCCUGUGCCUGGACUCGACUCGUUCACUGGAGAGACCCCCAGAAGUCGGGCAUCGUUUCCGGCGUGGGUCUGAUCGUUCUAUUUUCCAUCUGCAAAUUCUCCGUGAUCUCUGUCGCGGCCUACACGCUACUGGCCGCCGUAUGCGGUGCUUUUGGGUUCCGAGUCUACAAACUCGUCAUGUCCAAGGUGAACAAGACCGAAGAAGGACAUCCGUUCCAGGACCUGCUCGAUCUUCCUUUGCCCGCAAACUUGUCCGACACCGAAAAGGCUCAACAGUUCGGAGAAACUCUUUUCGCGAACGUCCUCAGCACCAUUCGGAAAAUCCGCUCGGUCGUACUCAUCGAAGAUCUGAUCGAAUCGGCAAAGUUCAUCGUCUUACUGUGGUUCGCCACAUAUAUCGGCGCGUGGUUCAAUGGUCUGACUCUUGUCAUUCUCCUUUGGAUCGGGCUCUUCUCUGUGCCGAAAAUCUACGUCGAAUACCAGACGGAAAUCGACGAGCAGCUCGAGAAGAUUUCUAGCCUCGUCGGCCAGGUCCGAAGCAAGAUUCCCGGUCAGGCAGCCGACGCCAAGGAAGACUAGUCUCGUCCCAAAGAGAGAACUCAUCUGGCCACCAAGCGGCAAUGUCUAGCUGCCUGAUUCAAUACGGAAAUAUUUAUGAUCACUUCACGGAUCGGUUGGCUCCCUGGAAAGGGGCACAAGGAACCAGCCCGCAGCCAGACACCGAGCGCUCGGGAACAUUUCUAGGCUUCCGUUGUAAAAUUUUCAUUUUUUUUAUCGCCAAUCAAUCGGCCCAGCGAUAGGGAACGGACUCUAGAGGAAAUCAAUUUGAAUGAAAUGGAAACAUCGUCGGACUGGACCUGACGGAGAAGCUCAAUGGAGACCCACCCGCAUGAAAAAUGAAAACACGAGUCCUGCAGAUAUGUUUGCUCCACGCGGCCGGAUGUCCAUGUCAGUGUCUGGACUCUGGACCUCACGAAGGAGGCCUCAACGCUUAAGCGGUCUUACAACAUUUUGUAAUAAAUUGAAAUACCCUAUAAAUAAACCUUUCUCAUAAA